AUGCCGACAAAUGCUGAGAAAGAACCGAUGCCGCCGCCGCCGUUGGCAUUAUCUCUCGAAGAUCUUGACUUGAAACCAAACGAUGCUAAGUUGCAGCAAGCGAUUUCUUGCAUCCGCAUUUACCAAGCUCAGGCAAUACGCCUUACCCGAGAACAGCAGGAGGAAAUGUGUGAUAUUAUCAAGAGUCAUGACUACGUUAGAGCACGUACAGCAAAGACAGCUUCAGCCCAUAAGCUGUACAAGCAGACGAUGAACGCCUUGAAGAAAAAAGGCAAACGUGUCGAGAACUUAUCAUGGCCCAUAUACCUCAUUUUGUCGGCCGUUUACAAGAAGCUACCCAAGAGGUAUAUAAAACUCGUUAGAAGGCUCUACGGAACGAGUUUAAUUGGCGAUUAUUUCAACACUUACCGCACCCUCCUCGGAGGUUCCGACAGCGCCUCUUCUGUAUCAGCAAAUGCUCCCAAUGUUUCGCAAAAUCCUUUUACUUUCUCUUCCUCGACAAAGCCUUUCGCUUUGUCCAAGGAUGCUCCCACUGGCUCGACGCCUUUUGCUGUUCCCACUGGCUCGACGCUGUCUUCUUCGUCCAAGAACGCUCCUCCAGCCUCGACGAAUCUUUCUUCUUCGUCCACGAACGCCUUUUCUAGUUCGACUAACUCAUUCAACAAUAGCGAUCCGGUAGUAGCUGCCACGCAAAAAACCAUCGCCGAGGCAAAAGCAUGUAUGGCCCGAAAGACUAUGGAAGGCCAGAGGAUAUCUGGGCCCGCCCCUCGAGACGAUGAACAGGACUUGACUGGUGAGGAAGAUUCUGACUCCUCCUCUUCAGAGGUUGAAGUCCUUUGGCACAAGAAGCGCCAAGCGUCCCCAGUUAACCGCGAAGACGAUCCAUCUUUUGCGGCUAAGCGACCACGCCCGUCCUCUAGUGGCAAACCGUUCGACAUUACAACGGUAUCAAGUGGCAUGAAGUAA